CUCCCCUUUACGCCCAAUCUUCGGCCACCUUCUCGCUGAGGUCACCCCUCCAGAAACCUCCGCCCCCAGACCCCGGUCUACACCCACAUCCAGCCGUCCCCAAAGCUCGCUGUUCGCUCCUCUGCCUGACAGCUGCCCUGCCGCCACCAGGCAGCCCCAGCUUCCCCAAACCAGUCUUCCGGCCUCGGUGGCGUCCCAGGGCCGCGGGAUUUAGGGAUUCGGAUCUGGAAGGGUUUGGUCCAAUCCCCUCUCCCUCUCAGCGUCCUGGGCUCACCUCCCCGGCAGCUUAGCGCUCCUCUUCCAAAACUGCUUGCUGUUCUCAGCGGCCAUUGCUCUGGCAGGGGGAAGGCCUUGUAGGCGGGCCAAGGGGUUGCCUGGCGAGAUGCCCCCAGACCCCGCAAUCUGAGGGCCAACCCAGGCCGCUUCCCCGCCGCCGGUCACCCGCUCCCAGCUCCUGGGGACGCCAUCUUGGAUGUGGGCACCCCUCCACCCAGCACCGCUGCCAUUGGUGGGCUGCGCAAGCCGUGGACGGGCCGACCAAUCGGGAGCCGGAAUCCUGCAGGCCGCUGAAGCCAAGCGGUAACGUCAGGGUCUGGGCACACAGGUGGACGGGGAAGGCGGAGCUUGGACGAGCAGAGAGGCGGGACUCAAAGUUCCUAACCCGCAAGAGGGAAGAAGCAGGAGGUCUCGGCGUGAAACAGCAGCAGUGGUGUGGGAUGACUGCCAAAAUGGGCACCGUGUUGGCAGGGGUCUUCACCAUCAUGGCCGUACACAUGUAUCUCAUCUUUGAACAUAAUCACCUAGGGCAUGGCAACUGCACUGAGAUCAUACUAAAGUACGAGAGUGCAAGUGGCAUCAUAAAUGACUUCAUCAUCUGCUGGAGUUUUAAAAUCGUCCUCUUCCUCUCUUUCAUCACCAUCAUCAUCAGCUGCUUCCUCCUGUACUCAGUGUAUGCCCAGAUCUUCAGGGGCCUGGUCAUCUACGUUGCCUGGAUUUUUUUCUAUGAAACCGUAAACGUCGUAAUACAAAUCCUCACCAAUGACGACUUCAGCGUUACAGAGGUCAGAAUCAUGCGCUGGUUUGGCUUGGUGUCUCGUACCAUCAUGCACUGUUUCUGGACGUUCUUUGUCAUCACCUAUGCCCGCAUAACCUACAAAAACCAGAGCCAGGGCAAUAUAAUUUCCUACAAGAGACGAAUUUCUACAGCGGAGGCUCUCCACAGCAGAAAUAAAAGAUUAUCAGUUUUGGGUGGGCUCAGUGGCUCAUACCUGGAAUCCCAGCGCUUUGGAAGGCAGAGGUAGGUGGAUCGCCUG